UUUGUAAAUGGUGUAACAGAAGUUCUUAAUUUUAAUGAAGUCCAAUUUGUCAAUGAUUAAUGAUUAAUGUUUUUGUGUCUUGUUUGGGAAAACCAAUCCCUAUCCUAAGAUCAUAAAGAGAUUCUUCUUUGUUAUCUUCUGGAAGCUUAUCUGAUUUUCCUUUCGAAUUGAACUCUGCAGUCUGCUGGGAAUUCACUUUUGCGUGUGGUGUGAGAUAGGAAUCGCGUGUCAUUCUGUUCCUUAUGGAGAUGCACUUGCCCCAGCACCGUUUGUUGAAAGGACCGGCCUUUGCUCUGCAGAGCUAUCUUAGUCAUUAAUUAAGAGACCUUCUCUAUACACAUCUGUUGCUGACCUCUUUAUUCUGUUCCAUUGCUCUAUUUGGAAUUAAUUACUGUCGUUUUAUAAUGAGCCCUUUAUCCACUAGAACAAGUCUUCCUUCUUUGUUUUUCUUUUUCAAGGGAGUCUUGGUAAUUUUUGCCCCUACAAAUUUUCAAGUAAAUUGUAUAAUUAUGUAUACUGCUUGUGACCUAAUACAAGGUUUUAACAAAAAACUGUCUAGUUUCAGUUUGGUUAUAAUUCUUAACUACUGUCAAUUGCAAUUGAUUUCAUUUAAACUGAUCUUAUUCCCAGACUUGAUGUUUCCUUUGACAAUCAAAGAAACUGGUUACCAGAGUAAAGCUUAGAUUAGGAAGUGUGUGACAUUAGGAAGAUAUCCUAUCCUUGCUAGAAUCUUUCUAUUUCCCACCUGAAAUGCUACCAGCCUCGUGUAACGGGUUUAAUGUUCCUUUGACCAUUCGUGACAUAGCCCAAUCAAGAGAGGGUAAUAAUGUUUCUUAUGCCUCCACCUCAUACCCACCUUCCCUUCCUCAAACCUGUUUAAAGUGUGUGCUGUCUUUCUUUCCCUUCUCUUUUGAGACCCUGCCUACAUUUACAAAACAAUCAAUCCAGGCUUUCUUCCAGGUCUGAUCCUCACUGCCCAAACACCCUCUGUCUCUCCAUGCCCUAGUUUCCUUCUAUCUUCACUUCUAGCUCCCUACCAUAGGCAUCUCCUUAUAUUCUGCAGUGGUCCCUUCUCAUCAAAUGCAGCAGAUGCUAGAGGAAGGAGUUGAGGAAAGGAGGAAAAUGAAGGAGAGAGCUUCAUUGACUUGCUAUUCCAUGCCAGGUCAAGGUGUGUGUGUGAUAUAUAUAUCAUUAGUCUAUGACAUCACUAUAAAGUAGGCAUUACCUUUUUUUUUUUAAUAGAUAAAGCUUAAACAUAAGGUCACACAGCUAAUAAAUGGUGGAGCUGAGAUUGAAAUCUAAUUCUGUCUGAAUCCAAAUCUCAUUCUUUCUUCAUGACCACACUGCCUCCGAUUAACUGAGGCAUGUCCCAACUUAACAGCUAAAAAUGUUAGCCUCCAAUCCUGAUGUCUCUUUGAACAGGGACUAUACAGAGAAGAAGGACAAAGUCCAAGGGAGAAUGUGAGUUGGGUCUGAAGUUAGAGCCUGGCCCAGGGCAGUGAACCCCAGGAGGAGAGCCUUCCCUCGGAGAGAGACAUUUCAGAUGGCUGCAGGGGUUCAUAUCCAACAAUGAGUAGUAAAUAUGGGUGAUCCUUUGACCAAGUUCUUGUGAUAUUGAAAAUGUAGAUGUUUUCCAGUUGGUUUAGAUAGAAUCUAAAAAAGAUGAUAAACUGAGAAUAGGAUUUCGCUGGGAUUCUCAGGAUUGACUUAGUAAGUUUAGUGUGUCCCUUAAUAGUGAUUUCCCACAGGAAGUGUUUCUACUUUUUGUUUAUUUCCCCCCAGUCACGUUUAUUGUUUUUUUAUGAUUAUAAAAAAUUAUUCCAGGAAAUCCCAAAUGUAUUAAACAGCAUAAAGAAAAUAUAUAUAUUUGUGAAUUUAGCUAUUUUGUUCCUUUAAAUAAAAUCUUUGAUGUGAACUUGUGGGAUAUAGGGUGUGGUUAUAUUUAAAGACUUGGUAAAAAUUGACAAAUUACCUUGUUGAAUGGCCAAAGGACAUGAAUUUAAAAAUGACAGACUGGAAAUGCAAAUGACUUAUAAGCCUAGGACUUAUUAGUAAUUAAAUUAAACUUUAAGUGACAUAUCAUUUUUAACUAUCAAAAUGGAAUUUUUUCACUCAUUCAAUAUUGAAUGUCUAAGCAAAUGCCAGAAAAAAAAAAAACACAUGGACAUGACCUCAUGGAACUUUUAGUCUAAAAGAAAUACAUCAUUUAUUGAACUCUUUUUGUGUGCCAGGAAUGUCCUAAGCACUUAUAAACAUUAUUGCAUCUAAUUACCACAAAACUCUGUGGGGUAGGUAUUUUUACCUAUUGAAUGGGGAAGCAGAUGUUCAGAGGUGGGCAGAUGAGCUGAGGAUUGAAGCCCAAAGAUCUCACCAUUAGCUUCUGGGUGAAGAUUUUUAAAGCUUAAAAUCAAUGGAAGAAACCUUUUACAAUGCAUUUCAAAGAAAAUCAAAUGACUAGAUGUUGCUAAGGGUGUAGUGAAAGAGGUGCUCAUGUUGCUAGUGGGAGCAUCAAUGGGCAAAUCCUUUCUGCAAAGCAAUCUUGCAAAAUUAUCAUAAGGCUUAAAAUAUUUUCAUCUCCUUUACCUGGAAUUCUAUUUUUUGGAUUCUACCCUAAGGAGAGAAUCAAAAAUAUGGUUAAAGAUUUAUGUACAAAUCUGACUGAAGAUUUGAGAAAAAGUAGAGUUUAUAUGUAUGUGUGCAUGUGCAUAUAUAUUAUAUAGAGUCGAAUAUAUAUUAGAGUCAAAUAUUAUACAUCUAUAUAAUUUGCAGAUUAAAUGAUAUAAUGAUAUAGUUUACAGAGGAGAGCAGUCAAUCUUUACCUAUAAUAGAUUCCUUAUUAUUGUCACUGUCAUAGAUGGGUCACUGGUCUGAUCAGCCAACUGGCCUGCUGUGACCCACACGGCAGUUUUUGGUUGUAUGUAAGGAGAUCAUUGGCAGAGAGGAAAUCAAAGUGCUGGCUUUGUCAUUUAUAGCCUAUCCGGCUGCUGCAGGGAAUAGCCAGUUGUGUUUAUAGGAGAUACUUCCAUUGUCAAGGAGUGAUGGUGAAAUUAGCAGCUCUGCUUUAGUUCUGCGAGUCUUUGGAAUUUUCUGUCAUUAAAAAACUCUAUUUAUGCUUUCACAUAUUCCUUCAUUAAAUAUUUAGUAGGAGCCUGCUCUGUGCCAGGCACCACACUAGGCUUGGUUUGAAUGAUGAAAAGAACAGAGUGCCCGCACCUGAGGAAGCUCAGUCUAAUGGGAGAGGCCGGCGGAGACAGUUGUUACAUCGUGUGCAAAAGGCCGUGGUAGAGGUGAGCUCAGGAUGAACCAUCUGACCCAGGCUGGGGCUCCACAGGCUUUCCAGAAGUCACUUGCUGCUAAGAUCUUUUAUUUAGCAAUUAAACUUCUAGGUAUAGUAUGAAUGGUAUGGUCUUUUUCCUCACACAAUUUAAAUUAAAUUUUAUUACUCUGCCCUUAAUUUCAGGCUUUUAUGAUAUCCUUAAUGUGAUUUUUUUUUUGAAUAGUCUCAGUGGUUGGUUAAUAUCUGACUUUGACAUUCAGAUCCUACGUGUUUACUUCACCGUGUACAGUUUUUUCCUCAGAGAGGUAUGAUCGUCUCAUUUCAGACACCACAACCUUCCUUGGUUCCACCGCCUGCAAGCUGGAUUUUCAGCUAUAAUUGCUAGAAUUUGCCUUUAUCAUAGCAUGAACUUUAGAAAAUAGAACUCAGUAUAAAAUUAAUAUGAGUAAAGACAACUUUUCUUUUUUCUAACACUCAAAAUGAAUGGCCUCGUGGUAAUUAAAAAAAAUAACCCUUAUUAAAGCAAUUUUCAAGACAGUGUAAGAUCAAUGAUAGCUAUUGCUUACAUCCUGUGAAAAUGAGUUGCAGAUCCAGUGAUGCUUUCUAGAAAUAUACUUAACAAAAAUUUUACUUGGUAUUAUUAAAAAAAACCCCCACUAAUCAUCAUUCUUCGCUCUAUAAGAGGAAGUAUUAAUCAAAUGGCUUAAAUAUCAUGCUUAAUUAUUCUCUUUCACUUUCUGAGGAUCUGAUUUGAAACAAAGCACACAGCAGAAAUAAAAGUAGAAAAAAAUAGCUCAGUGGCAAUUACGAACGUAGAAUUGGAACUGAUGCUAAGAAAUAUGAGUCAACCUGUAGGAUUACAGAAAAUCUCCUUGAAACGUUGAUUCCAUGGCUCUACCCACCAGAGGAACUGCAUCUUCUGCUUGCCUCCUCAGAGACCUAAUGAACAAAUCCUCAUUUUAAGUGGUUAACCAGCAACAGAACCAGAAAAUACAGUUGUUUUUACAGAAGGUAGGUUUUAUAAUUGAGUUUACAAGAUGAUUUAUAUAAUUUUAAAUAAUUAAAACUUAGAUAUGUCCCAGGAUCCUACUAGAUAGAAAAAGGAGUAUUCAGAAAUAUUAGGAGUUGCAUCCUGGAUUGUCUGAAUCCAGGUCCAAGGUCUCUACCACAGUAGUGCUCACUUCCACUGUCUGGGUAUUGUGCUAGACUCUAGGAGAUAACAUGAGGAAUAAGGUCAUGCCUGGCCUAGAAGAGCUGACAAUUUAGUGGGAAAGACAGAUAAGUCACAAAUGGUAAGUGUACAGCAAGGGAAGUGCAAUGUCAGAGAAUGGAUCACAUGUUAUGGGAACCCUUUUAAAUGAGUAGAUUUGGGGACACUGACUCUGCUUGUUCUGGGAUUGUGGCAGUCAAGGCAGAGAGUCUUCACAGAAGAGACAACACUUUGAGCUGGGUCUUUAAGAAGGAAGAGGCAUUUUUCUGGCCAUAGGAUGGGAAACAGGAUGAAUCUAGACAGAAAUAGCAUCUUCACAUACAUAGCAUCAUGAAAUUGUUGGGCUGUGAGAUGACCCCAAGAUUCUAACCAUGGAGAACAAGUACAAGAAAGUGAGGGAAGAGUGGGAUAUAACGAGUUUCGUUCGGAACUUGCUGAAUUUUAAGUGUGCGUGGGUUUUCCAGGUGGAAAUGUCCAAUCAACAGUUGAAUAUAUAAUGUAGAUCUGGAGCUUUCAAGAGAGGUGAUAAGUGGAGAUACAGAUCUUGGAAUCAUUGGUGAAUGAUGGCUAAAACCAGUGGAAGUGGCUGAGAUCACCCAGGGGGACAUUUAAUUCAAGAGGAGCAGAUAAUGGAGGAUCACAGCCUGGAGCGCCAACACUAACUAGAAGUCCUGUGGUACAACUAAUGCUACCAUUUAUCUACAUUAUGGGGUACAUGGGCUGCUAUGAGUUGGCCCAAGACCCCGCCGCCAUUUAUAAAACUUUCUAUGUAAAAGUGCAGAGCAAGUUCAAGCAACUUACAAAGUAAUUUGGGGUCACAAGUUGUAAAUUGGAGCUUGGAUGUACUGUCUCUGCUUAAACAUACCUCUGUACCCUGUGGCUCCUAGUGUAACCUGCCCACACACUUUGUGUUUUUAUUGCAUUUGAGAGUAUCUUCAGCUAUCUGUGGUAUUUCAGGUCUACUUGAUUCAUUUCUAACUCAAAUAUGAUGACAUCCAACUUUUUCCAUUAAAACAGGCAAACUUGAGUGACUGUGGCUUGCCUGGCAUGGUGCUAAGUGCUCUUUCUUGCCCUCUGCCAAUGUGAUGGGCACCAAAGAAGACUUGUGGGUGUGGUGAGCUUUUAACUCAAGUAGGACCUUUUGGGAAACAAUAUUGGUGUUAAAGCAGCAAUUGCUGAUGGUGCCAGGAAUAUUGAUGUGGUGAGACUCUCAGAAAUGCCUCUUUCUAAGACCUCUGUGGGGUAUUAUUAUUCUACAAUUCUUUGUCUAGUUUUCAUUAAAAUACUUGUGAAGUGAUUUUCUAUUUUCCUCUUUUGUUUCAAGUCCAUUUGAAAGAGUUAAACACUAACCUCUCUCCUCUCAGUUCUGUUUAAUACGAGUGACUACUAUUUGAGACAAAUGCAAUUACUAUCUGGCGCAUAGUGGCUUUACACUGUUUCCUUGGUCUUAUUCAGAAGGCACAAAAGAAGGAGCUGCUUCAUUCUGUAAGAGCACUUUGUGUCUUCCUAUAUCUCCUUAGUAAUAGCAAUGGUAACAUUAUGGGACUGGUAAAACCUCUGAGGAAGGAACUUCUCUUAAUAACUUAGUCUUAGUGUGGGGUGGAUGGAGGAUGUUCUUGUUUCAUUAAGCACUGGGUUGUUCCAGCAUUUCAGGAUACACUGGGGACAGUGAUGCUAGGCUGGGAACUCUGGAGGCCCAGGCCUGGCUGAGAGGAGAGCCAAAGGCCUGGGAAGAGCAAGUGAUUCUAGACUUUGUGCCUAACCUUGGAUAUUGUCAGUACCCUCUACCCCUUCAGAGCACACCAAUCCAACUUCCAAUUGCCAGCACCAGUAUUUCUUUGCCUGAGGGCCUUCUCUUGCCUCUGGAGCCCACUUCAGCUGCCUACUUGGCAGGCUGGAAGUUUAGGAGAAUUAUCACACCCCUGAGAGCAGCCUUCAACCAAUGAUUGACAGGAGUUGGUGCUUAGAUACCCAGUUCCCUCACCCACUGGCUUGGAUAGCUGACGGAUAUGCUUGACACUGGCUUUCCCAGCAGGCUGACGCUCUAGUCACCCACUGUGGUAGCUGGCCUGACAACACCCUCUUUAUUGGCCGCCAUCCCUUUCUUGUCUCACUUUUCCACUCCCCUACUGGUAUUCACCUUCACCUCCUAAAUCAACCCUUGCACUGGAAUCCUUUGCUUCUGUGGAAAGCUAAGAACUAAAAUAUGUUGCCUCGUCUUUCAGAGAGAAAGUUUCACGCACCUGGCACAGAUGCCUUCAUACCUAUAAGGUGGGCAUGGUGAGCAAGGAAUCAAAGGGAAGGCAGUAGUCAGUGGUCCAGAUUAUGAGUGUGCCUGUCACAGAGCCCAAGCAGGGCUCUUGGAAGACAGCGCUUGGAAGAGCAUUGCAUACCUACCUUUGACUUCCUUCUCUGUGCGUGAUGCUGACUAGCCCUCUUGUGCCCAUAUAUUCUUUCUCAACACUAGGCACAAUUCAAUGAACCAGGACUCUGUUUUCUAAAUUACCAUCACAUUCAAGCCUUGCCUCCCUGAGAUGGUGCCAAGUAUCUUGAUGGAGCAUCAAGUUCAUCUUGAGUUACAUGUUUACAGGCAGUCUCCUGGUUUCUUUCCUGUAGCUAAAUACCUUUGAUUUCAUCUGCCUGGCACCCCUGUCCCUUCUCCUAGGAACGGCCGCACAGUCUUCCAUUCCAACCACAUAAUUCUGUGGGAUCUGCCAGGCCCGUCAGCAGAAUUGAAGGACAUAUGCUUGCCAUCCUCUCCCCCAGACAUAAUGGCUUAAAGAGUGAAUGAGACUUGAAAAACUAGAGACAACAGUGGACUUUUUGAACUUGCUGAUAAAAUAAUGGAGAAAGGUAGGCUCAAAGCUCUAGGAGGAGUUAAGGUCAAAGAAGAAUCUUUUGUGUUCUUUGUAUUUGACUUCAAACAAACUGAAAACUUGGCAGUCAUCCUGGAUUCCUCCCUCUAAUCUUAGUCAAACUUGCUCCUCCCCUUGCCAGCACCUUGAUUCAGGUCCUCACCUCUGCUCCUGGAUCACUAGAACAACCUUCCGACCUCCUGCCUCAAGCCACGGCCCCUCUCUUCUCCAGUUGCUGGAGUAUUCUUUCUAAAAUGCAAAUCUGAUCUUGUCUGUCUGUACUUACAGCCCUCUGUGGAUUCCUGUUGCCUGCAGGAAAUCGUUCAAAUUCUUUUGAGGAUUUCAAAACUGCUGCAGCUCUUCUUGUUCAGGCCCUGCCCACCUCUCCAGCCCUCUCUCUCCACUCAUCCCUUUGCAUAACACGCACUAGCUCUUUCCAUUUCUGUGGUUGUGGAAUGUGCUAUACUCACGCUCACCUCCAUGGCUUUGCAUGUACCAUGAUUCCUUCCUUAUGGAAUACUCCCUCUUCUUCCCUCUGCCUCCUCCUCCAUGACCCCACUGUCUCUUGCUGGUCCUUUAAGACUGAGCUGAAGUGUCGCUUCCUCUGGGAAGACUUCUCCAACUCCCUCCCACCUGAGUAAGUGCACCUUGUAUUUUCCUAUGGUGACACCAAACCAUUUUCUAAUUGCUUAUUAAUAGGAGAGCUUGACCUGUGUCCCUGGAGAUCAAGGAGGUCUAGAAGCUGAUGUCUAGCUUUCCUGGAAAAGUUUGAGUGAGCAGUGGCUGGGCUUUGUCUCAUGGCCCAGGGAGAAAAGAGGACUUUGGUGGGAGGGGCCUGUUGUCCAGGUUUUGGGUGGAACAAAGGGACAGGCUCUCCCCUGGGCCAAGUGGACACUUCAGAAGGUACUUGGGCUUGAGUCAUUUGGUGGAACCUCUGCUCAAGGGCACUGCUGAGCAGGAUGAGAUGACAAUAGAAAGAGUCUACAUAGAGUUUGCCAGUAGAACCAGGUGAGAGGGCAGUUACAAGGAACCAGCCAAUUAUUGCAUCUCUACCAUCAGAGAGCAAUGUAGUGGGAGAGCCAUACAGGGGUCCCUGGAAACCCCACAUAGAGGAAAAGGAAAGCUUUUCACCAAGGCCAGAAAACUUAAGCAACUUGCCCAGGAUUUCACAGCUAGGAAGUGACAAAGUUGGGAUUUGACCCUGAUUACACAGGAUCAGGUCAGUGGGUGGCCAGACAGGGCUGACUGGGGGAGAGACUUGACAGUGGGAGUUUUGGGUGAGCUAGAUAUCAAGAUUUCCUGGAAAAGGAGGCAAGUAAGAAAAAACAACACGGGUAACAUUCCUUACUGCAGCUUCAAAAAGUUCCAUGGCAGAAAACUCAGUUACCCAAGAAGUGGGCACAUGGCUACUUAGCCCCUUUGAUUCUUGGAUCCUGUCAGAAGAGUUUCCUGCUUUGAAGAGUUUCCUUGAAAAGCAAAGCCCCCUACAUUCUUCAGCGAUGGAAGGAAACAACCUAGGAAGCCCUUCAGCCCGUCUGAAGUCUGGUCACUCAAGGGGCUUGGAGAAACCGUAGCAUCUAUUUCAUUGUUCACCUUGUUCCCGGAACCGUCAGGACUCAGUGAUCCUCCUCAGUAUUAAAACGGUGGCAGGGCUGAAGCUCAGGAGGAAACAAGUGGAAUUUAUCCCUGUCGCUGAAUAGGGAGCCGCCUGCAGCAGGUGGACCCAGUCUUUGCAGUAUGCCCCCACACAUCCCAACUCACCCCGUGGGCGCCUUCCACCUGCCUGCCUGCUCCCUUUACAAUAACGAGGCUUAAGCAGAAACAAAGUGAACGAGUGUGCUUUAGAGAAACAGUCCUGGCCGCCCCCCGGAGUUGUAUUUCUGGAGUAGGAGCGGGUUGGGGGUGGGGGAGCAGCCGUGAAGCUCGCAGAGCGGGAGCGCGUCACCGUCGCCUCCAGAGAUGCUGCGCUGCCCAAUAGGCAGGGGCGGUCGCUCGCAGCCCGGUGGGAGCAGAGACAUAAAAGUGCGGAAACCAGCCCGGAGCGCGCCGAUCGAGGGCUGGAGGCUAGCGGCGAGCGGGCGCCGCCGGGCGCUGGAGGCCCCGGGGUCCCUCCCCGGCCAGCCCCGCGCGCUCCUCUCCGCGCGCCCGACUGCACGCGGCCUGGCAGGGACGUCCGGACUGCACUGUCCCGGGCGCAGCGGCUCUGCAAAAUGGUCCUUCACUUCGUGCUGCUCUUCCUCCUCCCAUUGGUGCGAGCAACCGAGCGCCCCGAGGGCCGGAUGGACGAGGAGGGCCUGGAGGCGGCCCUGGCCGUGCCCAACGCCUCGCACUUCUUCUCUUGGAACAACUACACCUUCUCUGACUGGCAGAACUUUGUGGGCCGGAGGCGCUACGGCGCCGAGUCCCAGAACCCCACGGUGAAAGCCCUGCUCAUCGUGGCUUACUCCUUCAUCAUCGUCUUCUCGCUCUUUGGCAAUGUCCUGGUCUGUCAUGUCAUCUUCAAGAACCAGCGAAUGCACUCGGCCACUAGCCUCUUCAUCGUCAACCUGGCCGUGGCCGACAUCAUGAUCACUCUCCUCAACACCCCCUUCACUUUGGUCCGCUUUGUGAACAGCACGUGGGUGUUCGGGAAAGGCAUGUGUCACGUCAGCCGCUUCGCCCAGUACUGCUCCCUGCACGUCUCCGCGCUGACGCUGACGGCCAUUGCCGUGGACCGCCACCAGGUCAUUAUGCAUCCGUUAAAACCCCGCAUCUCCAUCACAAAAGGUGUCAUCUACAUCGCAGUCAUCUGGACCAUGGCUACGUCCUUUUCACUCCCACAUGCCAUCUGCCAGAAAUUAUUUACCUUCAAGUACAGUGAAGACAUUGUCCGCUCCCUAUGCCUGCCAGAUUUCCCUGAGCCGGCCGACCUCUUCUGGAAGUACCUGGACUUGGCCACCUUCAUCCUGCUUUACAUCCUACCCCUCCUCAUCAUCUCUGUGGCCUACGCCCGUGUGGCCAAGAAGCUGUGGUUGUGCAACACAAUCGGCGACGUGACCACGGAGCAGUACCUGGCCCUGCGGCGCAAGAAGAAGAAGACCAUCAAGAUGCUGAUGCUGGUGGUGGUCCUCUUUGCCCUCUGCUGGUUCCCCCUCAACUGCUACGUGCUCCUCCUAUCCAGCAAGGUCAUCCGCACCAACAAUGCCCUCUACUUCGCCUUCCACUGGUUUGCCAUGAGCAGUACCUGCUAUAACCCCUUCAUCUACUGCUGGCUCAAUGAAAACUUCAGGAUCGAGCUGAAGGCAUUACUGAGUAUGUGCCAAAGGCCACCCAAGCCUCAGGAAGAACGGCCACCUUCCCCAGUCCCUUCCUUCAGGGUGGCUUGGACAGAGAAGAGCAAGAGCCGGAGGGCUCCGCCAGCCAACAACCUCCUACCCUCCUCCCAACUCCAGUCUGGGAAGACAGACCUGUCGUCCAUGGAACCCAUCAUGGCAAUGAGUUAGAGGAGAGUGGGAAGAGGCAGGAGGAGGGCUCUGUCUCCAGCUGAGGUUAGGAAAGAGCCUAAGGACAGAGCCUGGAAAAGAGCCUAUCUCUCAAACUUGACCUUUGCAGUGCUGGAAACAAGUUCCUGCAGAAGCCAUAGGCCUCUUGAGUUCCUAGGAAACUCUGCUCAGUCUCCUAGCCUCAUUGAUGUGAAAACUAAAAGGCAACUACCAGCUAGACACAUGUUUGUGAAAUCCUGUCUAAGAAGCUCCACAAGGCAUAUCAUCCUGGAUCUCUGAGCCAGAGACCCCACAACAGCUUCAGCCCAGCUGGAGGCUGAAUCAGUCAACUGCCUCCAACUGUCAGGCAGCUGCCUCCCAACCCUCCCUGCCAAUGAGCAUCCAUGAAGGACACCUGAGUCAUACUUUGGGCGUGGCUGAGCCAGAUGCACGGAGCUCUGCUUGAAAAAGGUUCAGUGGCCAGUGAAGGGUUAGCAAACCAGAGCUGGCACGGAUGUUUUCCUGCCUGGCUUUCUGAAAUUGUUGGACCAGGACAAAUCACAAUCCUGUGGUGGCCUGGCCUGAUACAUGACAAGAAAGGACCAAUUUGGGUUCUUUAAAACAGAGAGGAAUUCCCAGGUUUCCUUAAAACAACAACAAAAAAGAUUAUUAAAACUUUGGAAAAUUCAGAAAAGCACAAAGAAGAAAAUAAAAAUCACUACUUUAUUUCUCCAACCUGUGAUAAGUUCUGUUAACGUGCUGUGGGGUUAUUUGCGACUUUUUCCUUUGUGUGUGUGUGUGUGCACAUGCAUGUGUUUGUGUGUGCACAUGUGUGUGUGCUUUUUGUUUCAUUCUGAAUUAUGCUUUUUCAUAAGAUAAGCAAGAAACAGGGGCAGAGCAGAGGACUUCUGAGCCCCUCUCCCAGGAAUAGUUGGAAGAGUUGGGAGAGGAACCCAAGGAGAAGACAGUCAUAGGGCAGACAAACCGCCUUCAUCUUGUAACCAGUGCUGGGAACGGCAUGGCUGAAGUACGACUCCUCAGAUGGCAGCCAUUGUGAUGAGCCAGGGAACGAAACUCAUCCAGGAGGUGUAAAUCCUUUUCUCCUGCAAUCAUACAGAACAAGAGGUGAUGAAACAUUGCCCUGCUUUCACAGGAGAUGAGGGAGCAGACUUUCCAACAUGCUGGAAAUAAUUAUCCUUGGACACCUCACCCUCCCAAGCUGUCUAGACAGGCUGGUCCUCUGUGUUGUCUGAAUAAUAAGCCUUCUUCACACCACUUCCCUAAAGAUGACUCUGUCAACAUCAUCGUCAACUCUGGCAGCUCACGUGUCAUUUACAGAAACCUAUGGCAUUGUGAUAGUCCUUAAGUACUCCACUUGCCAGAGAAAUCUCAUUCCAGAGACUGAGUGUUUUCAUCACCUUCCGUGUGACUCACUGUGUCACCCAGAAGAGAGACUCGUCAGGCAGAAUGGAGCUUAAUUCACCAGCCCUAAACAAUUUUCACCCUCGCACUGGUUUUCGGUUUCUUUCUAACACCAGAUCGAUCCUGUAAGAAAAGCACAGAUGCGGAGCUGAGAGGAAAACCGAGGUGUGGGGAGAAGGGGCUGGGACAAGGUUCACUUCCAUCUCUUGGCUGUUAACUAAAACUGAACUUGGUCAUAUCAUCUUCUUCCUUAUAAUGAACCGUGGGGCUUCAUUAUACUAUUCUCUCCAUUUAUGAGGAUGUUUGAAAAUUUUCAAGAUGCAAAAUGCAAAAAAAUCAUAUUCUGAACGGUGGGUAAAAAAGUGACUUUUGUGGGGGCAGACAGCUUUCUAAGCCCAUGAAGAUGCCCAGGUGGAUUUUUCAGGCCAAAUGGCUCCCAUGUCUGUGCCUGUUGUCUCUGUGGUGUCAAGAAGUAGCUAAUGGCUUCGUCUUAAUGUUGCCAUAGAAAUUCUGUGAACCAGAAAGAGAACAGGCAGCGGGGCUACAGAAAGUUGGUCCUGCUCUAGAGUUAUGCAGAAAGUUUCACUGUGCUCCUCUCUGAGGACAUCUAGAAACACUGCUGAGUCACAGAGAAGGCCCUUCUCUGGGGGUGGACCGCCGAUGACCAUUAGUCUUGGGUCUCCUGUCAGGACCUUGUCUGCCCCCUCCCAUUGUUCCCUGUGCAACUCAGAGCAAAAAGUGAUUUGUAUUUGUGAAGGUGAAAUUUGUAAAACUUGAGUCUUUCCAAUGUGCUGUCAUGAGUACUUUAUUGUAAAUUGCUCCAGUCUCAAUAAAAUAUAUUUUGGGUGUGUGGA